CCCCUGCGCCUGCUGCGCGAGCCCUGGAACGCCAGCGAGAGCAACCAGAGCAACGCCACGGCCGGGGCCGGCGGCGCCUGGUGCCAGGGGCUCGACGUCCCCAAUGAGCUCUUCCUCACGCUGGGGCUGGUGAGCCUGGUGGAGAACCUGCUGGUGGUGGCCGCCAUCCUGAAGAACAGGAACCUGCACUCGCCCAUGUACUACUUCAUCUGCUGCCUGGCCGUCUCCGACAUGCUGGUGAGCGUCAGCAACCUGGCGGAGACGCUCUUCAUGCUGCUGAUGGAGCACGGCGUGCUGGUGAUCCGCGCCAGCGUCAUCCGCCACAUGGACAAGGUCAUCAACAUGCUCAUCUGCAGCUCCGUCGUGUCCUCCCUCUCCUUCCUGGGGGUCAUCGCCGUGGACCGCUACAUCACCAUCUUCUACGCCCUGCGCUACCACAGCAUCAUGACGCUGCAACGGGCCAUGGUGACCAUGGCCAGCGUCUGGCUGGCCAGCACCGUCUCCAGCACCGUCUUCAUCACCUACUACCACAACAACGCCAUCCUCCUCUGCCUCAUCGGCUUCUUCCUCUUCGUGCUGGUCCUCAUGCUGGUGCUCUACAUCCACAUGUUCGCCCUGGCCCGCCACCACCUCCGCAGCAUCUCCAGCCAGCAGAAGCAGCCCACCGUCUACCGCAGCAGCAGCCUGAAGGGAGCCUUCACGCUCACCAUCCUCCUGGGCGUCUUCUUCAUCUGCUGGGGGCCCUUCUUCUUCCACCUCAUCCUCAUCGUCACCUGCCCCACCAACCCCUUCUGCACCUGCUUCUUCAGCUACUUCAACCUCUUCCUCAUCCUCAUCGUCUGCAACUCGGUGGUCGACCCCCUCAUCUACGCCUUCCGGAGCCAGGAGCUCCGGCGGACGCUGUGGGAGGUGGUGCUGUGCUCCUGGUAGGCAGCGGGACGCGGGGAACGGCACGGCCGCCCCCGCUGCGGGAUGGACGGCCGGACGGAUGGACGGCCGGACGGGACACGACACGCCGCGGGGCGUCCCCCUCCGGCGCCCCGAUCCGGGCUGGCGGGCUCGCG